AGUCAAUAAGGGUGUGCAUUUAUACUAUUGAUAACGUGGCGAUAUAGUGAAAUUGCGUUUGUUAUGUGAAUUACAGGUGUUGUUUAUGUUGAUAGUGAAGUAAAAUGUCGGUUCAAAAUAUCGCUGUGAAACUUUGCGGUGUCUUGCAGGGCCAAACUGACGAAGAAGUAACCGCACGAGAAUGGCGCUUGUUGGGACAAGAGGAAGACGGGUCGCAAGUACUCUCGUGGGUUUCGACGAAGGACGACACAGAAGUACUAAAUAUCGGCGUCUACACGAACAAGAAUAAGUCUCUAGUCAUUCUUCACACAUUUGAGGAGAAAUUGAACAUUAUCCAGGCUUCAGUGAACGCGAGCCACAGCCUGCUUGUUUAUUCUGUGAAGCGACUGCCUACUGAAGAUUCUGAUAUAAAGGAGCCAUUGUAUUGUCCAUAUUUGAUUUGUCUACUGCCAGACAAGGACAGAACUCCACAGGAGAUAGAGGAAGGCUCCACUAAGCAGAUUAUGGUGCAGUAUGUGUAUGGAAAAAGCAACAAGUACAGCCCGGGAAUAAGGAAUGAUAGGUUCUUGCUGUUUAAGCAUUUGGAAUAUAUAAAAGUGUACCGGAGUCCUUUGUUCCUGAACGAGCGCGAGGACGGCAGCGAGCGCUGGGGCUUCGACGGCGUGUACCCGGAGCCCGAGACCGUCGUCAAAGUGUUCUCGUGGGCGCAGUGGGACGCCACCAACCAGGUGCUAUACUACAUCCACUACCGCGCGCCGGCGCAGAGCUUCGCAGAAGAAGAAGUCAAGUCUCCGUGUGACGUCUCUCCCACGCUCUCCGCCCUUCAAUUCCAUGCUGAUCUUCCACAUGAGACUGUGCUGAAUAUCCCACUAUCGUUACCCCACCUGCACGCGUCGUCAUCAGCCUGCGGCGCCUACGAGGACGACCCGGUGCCGCUCCGCAUCCACGACUGCUCGUUGGACCUCAGCAUCGCUUGCCUCGCUAAAGGCGUGCUGUGCGUCAUGCACCAUUAUCUUUACAAGCCGCUGGACGACUCCACGACUUCCCUAGUCCUUGAAGACAGCGUAGACCUGAAGGAUUCAGGGGUCAACUUCGCUUACUCCGUCACAGUGUUACAACAUGGGUGUGUUAUACACAGUGUGUUGCCUGAUCUACCGUGGAGCCUAGCCAAGGCUUUGAGGCCCUCGCACAUACUGUAUAACGAUGACCACCUCCUAGUUCACAUACCGAACCUGUUCACGCACCUGAUCGACAUCAGCCCGGACCACGCGCCCUGCAACCACGUCGUGCUGCCGUGCGACGAGGCUGGCGGCGCUCUCGCUCCGCUGUUGGGCUGGGGACCACACGCUAUGGUUGAUCUCUCCACCCUAGACGUCGUGACUCUCGGCAUAUCGGAGAAGGAUCUGGUGUCGGCGUUCAAAACCACCGCGGCCGAGAACAAGAUCGCCAUCGUGCACUAUCUGGUGGGGCACGAGGGCAACGCCGACCUCGCUGAAGAGCUGAUAUCCUGGCUCUGCCUUAACCAGCGUCCAAAAGACGGCGACGUGUUCGUCCGAGUGAUGCAAGAGUACCUCGUAGCGAGCGCGUUCUCUCUCACCAGGCGCUCGCUCCCCGCGUCCGCCGUGCCGCUGCUGGGCUACCUGCCCAGCGUGCUGCACACGGCGCUGCACGACGUCAAGGUCAGAGACGUGUGUGUAAGCGUGAGUCAGGAGCAACUCUGGUGCGGAGCGAGCGUGGUCCUAGCUCCUCGGCAGCGAGUCUGCCAGUUCAGCGAGGACGCUUGGACGCGGCUGUGGAGGCGUUUGUCAGCCCCCGCGCCCGUGCGGGCAGACCCGACUGCUGUAGCCAAACGACUCGCCAUGACCAUGCACUGCUACCAGCCGGAAGCCCUGUCCCGCGGCAGCACGCCGCUGUCCCCGCUGGCGCCGGGCGGAGGCCUGGGCGCGUUAUCAGGCCUGCCGGCGCCGCGGCGCUCGUCCGUGGCCAACCACGACGCGCUGCCCUUCGUGGAGCUGGACGUGUGCACGGCGAGCAGGCAGGAGCACGUCACUGCCGCGGUGAGUGUCCUCCCUGUGCAGCAUCUGUCCCCGCUGGCCCCCGGGGGAGGCCUGGGCGCGCUGUCCGGGCUGCCGGCGCCGCGGCGCUCGUCCGUGGCCAACCACGACGCGCUGCCCUUCGUGGAGCUGGACGUGUGCACGGCGAGCAGGCAGGAGCACGUCACUGCCGCGGUGAGUGUCCUCCCUGUGCAGCAUCUGUCCCCGCUGGCCCCCGGGGGAGGCCUGGGCGCGCUGUCCGGGCUGCCGGCGCCGCGGCGCUCGUCCGUGGCCAACCACGACGCGCUGCCCUUCGUGGAGCUGGACGUGUGCACGGCGAGCAGGCAGGAGCACGUCACUGCCGCGGUGAGUGUCCUCCCUGUGCAGCAUCUGUCCCCGCUGGCCCCCGGGGGAGGCCUGGGCGCGCUGUCCGGGCUGCCGGCGCCGCGGCGCUCGUCCGUGGCCAACCACGACGCGCUGCCCUUCGUGGAGCUGGACGUGUGCACGGCGAGCAGGCAGGAGCACGUCACUGCCGCGGUGAGUGUCCUCCCUGUGCAGCAUCUGUCCCCGCUGGCCCCCGGGGGAGGCCUGGGCGCGCUGUCCGGGCUGCCGGCGCCGCGGCGCUCGUCCGUGGCCAACCACGACGCGCUGCCCUUCGUGGAGCUGGACGUGUGCACGGCGAGCAGGCAGGAGCACGUCACUGCCGCGGUGAGUGUCCUCCCUGUGCAGCAUCUGUCCCCGCUGGCCCCCGGGGGAGGCCUGGGCGCGCUGUCCGGGCUGCCGGCGCCGCGGCGCUCGUCCGUGGCCAACCACGACGCGCUGCCCUUCGUGGAGCUGGACGUGUGCACGGCGAGCAGGCAGGAGCACGUCACUGCCGCGGUGAGUGUCCUCCCUGUGCAGCAUCUGUCCCCGCUGGCCCCCGGGGGAGGCCUGGGCGCGCUGUCCGGGCUGCCGGCGCCGCGGCGCUCGUCCGUGGCCAACCACGACGCGCUGCCCUUCGUGGAGCUGGACGUGUGCACGGCGAGCAGGCAGGAGCACGUCACUGCCGCGAAUCUCCGGGCCAUAAGCGCGCACCUCCUCCGUGAGGCAGCAGCGACGGCGGGCGCGGACGGCGUGCACGCGGCGAGCACGCGCUACGUGGCGGCGCAGCUGGACGCCGCGCGCGCCCUCUGCCGCGCCGUCUGUCGCGCCCUCGGCGCCACUACGCAGCAGAAGGGAUUCGCACUCAUUGAAGAAAUGGAAGCCACCCACGCCCUGAUAGUGUUCAAGGCGCUAGAGCAGUACUACCUGGCGUGUGUUCGCGUCUCGUUCCCGCUCCCGGCGGGCUUCAGCUCGUGGUUCGCGCGCCUCGCGUACCGCGCGCUGCCGUUCCCGUCGCUAGCGGGGCUGGUGCACAGAGGCGUGCUGGAGAUGCAGAUAGACGUCAUGAAGGAUAUCAUUGCUACAAAAGAUACAGAUGAGCGCACAGUGAACAACAAGUUGCGGCUCAUUCAGUUGAUCGGCGAGGGUCGCGCCCGCCGCACGCUCGCCGCGUGGCCCCACAGGGCGGCGCUGGUGCUGCGCGCGCGCGAGCACGCCGCCGCGCUGCUGUCCGGCGCCGGCGCGCCCGCGCACCCGCGCGAGCGCAGGCCCAAGCCGCACGACCACGGCAUCGCAGCGCUUCCCUCGGGCGAAAGGUUGUCACCUCUAGACACCUUUCUGGACCUCCUCACGGCGAAGGCUUCUCUCAACGAAUUGGAUUUCAAUCUAAUCAUCGAAGCCACACUGGCCCUAGUACAGCAGGAUGCCGCUAACUAGAAUAAUCCACCAAUCUAACCAAUUAUCCGCAAUCAUCAUCAUGUGUCAUCUUUGCCAACGAUACCACGAUAGAAGUGGGUUUAAAAUUCAAAAUUAAUUAUGCAAAUAUGCCAUAAAGGCUCUAUCAAAUUAACAUUGACGUCAUAUAGUGACAUUGAAAAUGCAUUCUAUAGCUAAGAAUAAAUAAAGCUACAUUAAUGUGAAUAGGUUUAGGCUAUGUCUUGCAAUUUUUUUGCUGAUAAGAUUUAUAAUCUUAAAUUUUUACAAUCACUACAUCUAUAAGCCAAAAAUUAGGUUCUAUCUAGGGUUAAUAUUUACAAAUGUAGGAUAUUGUUUUUCGAAGGCAUAAGGCCUAGUCAGAGAAUGCUAGUUUGGUGGGUCUUUUUUGUGAUACUACUAGCGCCAUCUCUGGGAGUGUGUUAACAUUGUACAUUAGCCAAUGCUGUUUAUUCGUAUUUUUAGUACAAAAACUGCCAAAUAUGCGAAACUAGUUUUUAAGGUGAUCUCAGCUGUUGUAUUAAUUGUUGUACUUAGUUAUUAUCGUGACAUUAACAUUCCAAAAUCAUUGACAUUCCUAUUUCAUUGUGAAUUUCUUAUAAGAUAGCACAAAAUUGAUAUUAAAAUGAAAAAAAUAAGUUGACAUUACUUUUUUGUAUGUGCAAUUUUUAG